CACUACAUCGCAGUUGUUACGUGAAAAAUUUGUCAAAGGCUGAAUUUGUUAGUUUAAACGUAAAAGUGAUACAUUUCAGAAUUGUAAAUGGUUAAAAAUUGUUUUAAACUAAUUCUUCAAAUGUAUUAAUAUAAAAAAGCAAAGCAACUGCAAUUCGUUAUAAAUAUCGCUCAACAAGUGAUACGGAUUAAAUUGGAAACAACGGAAGGGAGCAACAGAGAUCUAUAAUAUGGACCAUAUACUGCAAACAUAUCCGGAGGAUGCACGCCGCAUUGGCGAAGAGUAUUUAUCUAGUCUAACGGACUUAAAUUGCAAUAGCAAGCCGCUCAUAAAUAUGCUCACAAUGCUCGCCGAGGAGAAUAUAAACUACGCCCAAGUGAUAGUGCGCGUGGUGGAAUUUCACAUCAGCCAGGUGCCGGCAGAAUUCAAAUUACCCAUACUUUAUUUAAUUGAUUCCAUAAUUAAGAAUGUGAAAAGCAGUUACGUUCAGAUGUUUGGACAAUGCAUUGUCAAUAUAUUUACCAGCACUUUUGAAUCGGUGCCAGAAAAGGUGCGGGAGCGCAUGUAUCAGCUGCGUCAGACGUGGAACGAAGUAUUUCCGCCCUCCAGGAUGUAUGCGCUGGAUGUUAAAGUGAAACGCUUGGACAAUAAUUGGCCCAUUACAGCAAAGCCAAGUCAACCAACAAAAAUACACGUUAAUCCAGCCAUUCAUGUAAAUCCAGACUUUCUUAAAACUGGUAUGGUGCCAGUGCCUGUUAGCUCAACACUGCCCAGCGAAAUGGAAGAAAUCUUACAAGCUAAAACGCGUGAGCUCUUGGAGCUUAAGAAGCGCAAGCUUGAACUCGAAUUGGAGCAAACCAAAUUGCAUUUAAAGGAGCAGGAGCGUCAGCUAAGUCAGGCUACCGAUGCUAUGGCUGUGGCGCCUAUAGCCAUGCCUGCCCCUGUUGCUCCGCUACGUCCUCCGGGCCUGGAAAAUGUGCCGCUAGCAGCACCUUUAUAUCCACCUGGCUUACACAAUGUGCGUCCACAAGCGCCAAUUGGUGUACCGCCUGCCAUGUUGCCUACCGUUAACUCACAGUCCUUUGGUGGCAAGCCCAAAGUGCAUCCUAUAAAUCCCGCCAUGCUAAACUCUGUACGUCAGCGUGAUCCACGCCUGGCACGCCAACAACAGUUGUUGCCCAUGUCAGCACCUGCACGGGAUCCACGAUUAGAUAGUCACAAAUCGUCCUCACACAAAUCUAGUCGCUCGCGAAGUAAAUCUCCAUCACGCAACGCUGGCAUCAGCCGUUCCAGCAAGAGCAGCAGCAGUAAUCACCACAGCUCUUCUAGCAGCAGUCGCAAGCGCAGCGAAUCAAAGAGCUCCACAUCUUCGUCCGGCUCUGAUAACAGACACAAGGGCAGCAGCAGUAGCAGCUCUAGUCUGUCGCCAGUUAAGCGUGCCUCAAGUUCACGCGACAAGACGUCCAAGACGUCGUCCAGCAGUGAACGAUAUGGUCACCAUAGCAAUGGCGGCAGUGGAAGCUCACCAUCGACUUCCAAGCGCAAGAGUAGCUCACCCAGCAGCUCGCCAGCAAAGUCCAAACGCAGCGGCAGCUCACAUAAAACUUCAACAUCAUCAUCGCGUCAUGCAAAGAGCAAGACACGCUCGCGCAGUCGUUCACCCAUUUACAGGGAUGUGGACAUGCGCAGCAAAUCACCGGAACCAGCUAAGACUUCAACAAAAAUAUCAUCAGCAGCGACAUCAGACAGUGUACCAGCGUCAGCGCCAGUUAACGCCAUCAACGCAAAUGAUUUAGAGAAACCGCAUUUAUCAACAGCAACAGCAACAACAGUUGCCGUCAACGUCAAGCAAUCUUCACCGCCACCCGGAGUCGAUGGUAAUGUAUCGGAUACACUGCAGCAGUCCAUAAGCAAACUGCUGCAUGUGGCAGAGAAACGCAGCGCGUCAGAAUUGCCUGCGGAUGCCGCAGACGAUGAUGAAGCAGACGAUAAGUUGCUGCAGCCGCAACAGAAACGCAGCAAAUCUUCAAAGUUGGAUGCACUCUUUGGCAGCGAGGAUGUCGACUUGCGUCGCGUUUUGCCAGCCAAGACGAGUGGCAUGCAGUCCCUCAAUGUUAUUGUGGUGGAGGAUGACUCCAUGGACAACUGGGAUAACAAGCAAACUACAAAGUCUGCUGGCUCGCCUGGCAAGAAACCAUCGCUGGAUGAUAUACGUGCCAAGUUGGCCAAGAGCGUGCGCAGCAACAACAAGCACAACAAGAUUGAUAAAUCAACGGAGCAUCCAGUGGCGCAACGUCUCCGGCAGCUGGCGGAGCUCAAGUCCAACGAUGAUUCGCAGGAGGCGCAUGAUGAAAAGAUGCGCACCAUCUUAAGUCAGGCGCAGGAGAUGUACGAAAAUCACAAUAUGAAUCAGGAGCAGUACAAGGAUCUGGUCAGCAAAGUUGUGGCCAUCAAUGAGAGCAGCAAGCACAAGGAUCCACGACGUCGCGACGCUGAGGAGUCCGAGUUUGAUGUGGAGCGCAAUGCAGCUCGAGAUGCAGUUCUGCGCAAGCGCAUACCCAAACUGAAGGGCAAUGAGAAUCAAGCAGCCUCAAGCUCACCACGUAGCGAUGGCUACGAGGAGCAGCAGCAGCAGCAGCAACAAGAGAAAACACAGCCAAUGUCCAAGCAGCAGAAGCUCAAGCGCGAUGGCAAGCGACGCAAGCCAAGCAAGUGGGGCGAACAACUGGAUCCAGCAGCAGCUCAACGUGCAGCUUGGCAGCAGGCCCAAAGCAACAACAAUAAUAAUAAUAACAUUAACAAUAAUGGCAAUAACAACAACAAGCGUUUGCCGCAAGCUGGUGGCGCGUUUCGUGCUAUGCCCUGGCAGCAUCCACCGCUGGUGGUGGCACAACAAGCAGCGCCGCCACCACCGCAGCCUCCCAACAUGAUGGCCAUGGCGCCCGUGUCUGUGCCUGGCGUGCCUGCCAUUACCAAGGCCAUCAACUCACUGGACAAUCCCAUGGCGGAUGUGGUGCGCAGCAUUACCAUCGAUGGUGGCAGCAAAGAAAUACGCUUCUAUAAUCAAGUGGCCGUCAUUUUUAUGGAUGGCGAUGAGCCGCAUGAAAUUGGCUUUCAGCAUGGACAGCGUCACAUUUACAUUGAUCACAAUGAGCCGCUGCUGCUGAGUUUUAAUGACGAUUACAAGCCCUUUCAGCUGGAUGGACAACUGCAUCGCAUACGCUUUGGUCAUCCGUCGCGUGAACUUUACAUUGACGAGCAUUGGUAUGAGAUUUACUUUGGUGGUCCGCCGGUCUCGCUGCCCAUUGGCAAUAAGCUGCAUGUGCUCAAGGCAGAGGGUCCACCGCCCAAUGUGGACAUUGGGCGCGUGCGUCGUGAUCUUGUCGUGGGCAAAAUUAAUAUGAUUGUCGAUGCUCACACCAUAGUGCCGCUCUUUUUGGAUGGACGCCAGCAAACAUUUCUAAUGGGAGCCGAGCAGCAUUCGCUACAAUUCGUGGACAGCUUUCUAUAUGCGCUGCUCGAUGGUCAGCUACAGAAGCUUGAGUAUGGCGGUCUGCCCAAGAGCAUGAAGUUAAAUGGAGGACGCUGUUGCUUCAUACGUUUUGGCACGUUGCCAAAGGGUGUACAAGCCGGUAAGGCGCAUGUACAGGAUAUGGUUUAUAUAAAGACGGAGCCACCGGCAGAACCUCCACAGCCGCCAGCACUACCAGUGCCAACGCCAAAGGUGGAAGCUCCAGCAGCUGCCACAACAGCUGCCGCACCUGCUGUCCCGCUGCCCAUUGCUGCCGCCGCUCUUGGCAAUCUCAACAUAGACGAACUGUUCCAAAAACUUGUCUCCUCAGGCAUUAUUGGUACCGCCGCUGGCGCCACAGGCAGCGUGAAUGUACCUCCAGUGGGUUUGCCUGGCUUGGAUACUCCUGUACAAUCCAAGGAGCCAACUGCCGUCGCAGCAGCAGCAGCCGCAUCACCUGCUCUACCCACAGAACCCAUCAAGCGCAUUGAUCUACAAAAGCCCGACACAAUUAAAACGCGCCAGGCUGCUGUAGUAGCAACGCUUUAUUUGGGCAUGCAGUGCAGCAGCUGUGGCGUGCGAUUCCCGCCGGAGCAGACAAUUAAGUACAGUCAACAUCUGGAUUGGCAUUUCCGACAGAAUCGUCGCGAGCGUGACUCCACACGCAAGGCUACAUCCAGACGUUGGUUUUAUGAUCUCAACGAUUGGCGUCAGUAUGAGGAAAUUGAAGAUGUGGAAGAGCGUGAGCGUAACUUCGCGGAGGCACAGGGACAGCAAGCUGGACCAGAUGCCCAUGACGAUCUGUCCCAGCAGCGUUCGAUGGACUCACCUAUACCCAGCUGUGCAGCAGGAACAGAUGAUGUGGAUCGCUGCUGUGAUAUGUGCCAUGAAAAGUUCGAACAGUUCUAUAACGAGGAGCUGGAGGAAUGGCAUCUGCGCUCAGCCAUGCGCGUUGAUGACAAGUUCUAUCAUCCCUUGUGCUAUGAGGAUUACAAGAGCUCAUUGAAUCCACCAGCGCCAGCAACAGAAAACAAGGAUACAACGCACAAUACUGAUGUGGAGAUGUUGAAUGCUAGCGAUGACAAUGCCAUGGACACGCUUAUCAAAGUAGAGCAGGAUACAGCUGAUGUCAAAGCGACGCUGUCGAGUACGCUGCUUGACGACGAUGACGAUGAUGUCAUUGUGUUGCCCAAUGAGGAGCCGAGCGUCACAGAAAUUGUCGAUGAUGACGACGACGAUGAUGGGUAUGUCGCGCCCCAGCCCAAGCCCAAACCAACUGAAGCAGAGGACAAUGAGCAAGCGGAAAGUUUGCCUGCACCAUCCACAGCGCAAGAGCAGCAGCCGGAGCGCGAACAACAGAAAGCGGAGAAUGCCAACGAGUCGGAUGUGGAGAUACAAGAGCCAAACAUUCCCUUCACCGAUUUGGAUAACUAUGUAGAGAAAGAGCCAAUGCCGCUGCUCAAUAUCAAAAUAAAAGAGGAGCCCAAAGAUGAUGACGAAGAGGAUGAAGAUGAUGGCUUUGAAGAUGUGGGCACCGUGGUAACUUUAUUGCCGCUACUCGAGGAUGAAAUAUCCAUAAACAGCAGUGAAACACAAACCCAAACAAUAGAUUCAUCUGCAUCGCCUGCAACGAUUGAACGACCCGCGUCUGUAGCCUCGUUGUCCUUGCCUGGCAAUGAUGAUGAACUCGAAACGGAGCCAGCGCCCGCCGCAGCAACUGUUAGCUCGGAGGCUGAUUUUAAUGGUGAGAAUCAACAGGAUACACAUAAUCUGAGCGCAGCGGGAUUGACGCCGGCAUUACCUUUGGCUAGCAUAGUUAAUAAAAUAAAAAUAAACAUAACUAAGAAUACAAGUAGUAAUAGUCAUAAUAGUGCCUCAACCACGACGACGGCAGCACCGACAGCAGCAACAGACUCGCAAGUGUCGGCAAUAAGCGUCAUUGGCGCUAAUGGACAUGCCAAUGUGCAGCAGCAGCAACCGCCGGAGCAGAAUGCUAUACAAACAAUUUCCACAAUUCCAGUGCUGUGUGGUGGCAACACCUUCGUACCGAAGAUUGCCACCAGCAGCUCAGCAAAUGCACCCCCCGCCAACAUUUGUACCAUUUCCGUAAUUGGCAGCAGCUACGGCAGUAGCAAACCAGCAAAUCCAAUCACGAGCAGCGCCAACUCUAGCAGUUCUGGUGGAGUGACCGCAUCGUCAACAUUGUCAAGCUCAAAAUCAGCAUCCUCAUCAUCGAAGACGACGACAGCGGCGGCGGCACCUCCAGCAGCUGCAAUUGAAACUGAGCCAGAGCCUGUUGUUGAGCUCAAGCCAGCGCUGCGCAACGUGAUGCUCAAGAAAACGAAGAAAGUUCAAAAUGGCAUCGAAACUUCGGGCCUGUGCUCUAUUAUGUGAAGAGCACUCUCUUGCAUAUGAUUCCUAUUCUCACAAUAUUUUUUAAUUAGCAAUUUACAAAUGAUUUUAGAACGUUACUUAGUUUUAGACGAUUUACAGACGCGCUGUAUUUUCACAGGGCGUCUUCUGUUUUCAGUAAGGUGAUCGCCUUUGUGCCUACGUCUUAAGAAAUCGGGCGUUGCGUACAGGGCCCACCGCUCUUAACUUAUUUUUACCAAUAAUGCAAAUAAAAAAAAUAAAAUUUACGCAAAAAAUACAAUUUAUACAUAAUUUUGUGAUAAUUUUAUAACACAUAAGAACGAGAGAAAGAUAAAGUUCAGUAAUAGACUCAAGCCUAAUUCAUUAUAUCAUGUAAUGUGCGUCUGCUAAAUUGAAACAAUAAACGAAAGCUCUGAAUACAA